CGGACAGUCACGACCCCACCGUCUCAAAACUGAUGUCACCUUCGCCUCGGCGAACUUCCUCAGCACUGACUUGAAGACCAACAUCUCUAUACAAGUUGGAUCUCAAGCUGUGGACUCAUGGCGGCUGAAUUUCCCCCUCCACAGCAUACACUGUUGAGUCCUGGUCUGGUCUCAUCAUAUAAUAUUUCGUUCAACCUCACCUCAUUGUUUACCUAUCCCUCGAGAUUCCUAGCGAGACUCAUUAACAAAGGGGAUCUUGACUCUGCCAGUGCUGGAUUAAUGGAUGCGACUACGACAUCUUGGAUUGAUUCUUCCGAGACAUUAUCAAUGGCAGCGUCGGCAGCGACGAGUACAAGUACCAGAGCAGCGAAAACAGCAACAGCGGUAGCAUCGACAAAUGCUUUCCCUGCCCCGUGGGGCUUCUUCUCGAGUGGUUAUAUGUGUGGAUUGCUGAUCAUGGGCGUUCUAAUGCACCGAAUAGACAACAUCUUCGUUCCUACUAUGCCUACCACCUUUGGUCAUCACCAUCCCUCUCACAACAGCCACCCUAAUCGCAGUUCUUAUACCGGUUCACUCCUCAACCGUUUCCUCCCGAUAGAUAUCAAUCGCACAUCGACUCGUCUGGCGAUACACCUGCCAACAAUAUAUUUGAUGUGUAGGGUAUUACUUCUUUGGGGUAUUAUGCUGUUACAGACAGCUCAGCUGUUUCCUUGGACGACACACCUGCACUCACUCGCUGAAUCGGACUCAGGUAAUUUCAGUCAGAACGUGUUAAACAUCCUGUACCGAUUAGGCAAAUGGACCGCGUCAUGGGAGACUGGGGAUGUUUGUUGGCACACGUUCUGUGCCAUCUGUGCUGCAUUCUGCGUCGAAGGGUUUGUGAAAGGAUUAGAUGGUAAUGGGUUUGGGCUUGGCUUCGCGGAGCAUAUGCAGGCGAACACUAGUCCAUUCAAUCUGGUUGGCUACGCCUUCCUACUACACAUAUAUUCCUCCCCGCUCACCCAUGCUUUCAAAGCGCACAAGCCCGAUUAUAAUACAUCUGAUGUGGAGCCACUGCCCUCUAGACCCGACACGCAUGUUCUCAUUACACUUGCCAUCCCUCUCCUCCAGUUGACACUAUUUCACCUUCUCUCUGUACGAAAGCGAUGGUCAAGACAUCGGUUGUUGCCGACUGCGUUAGCUUCGAUGCUUUCAUUGAUGCAUUUCCAUGUUACGCUCAUUAAGUUCAUGAUGAGCACUCCCUCAUCAUCGCUUCCCUCAACUCUAUCCCCAACAUACACCGAGCCCAUCACAACCCCAUCGAGCUCAUAUACCCUGCAUGCAACUCCGAGUCCUAAUACUAUAUCGGCAUACACUUACACUCCUCACCACACAACGCAUGGCUACCCCAUUUUAAACUAUAUCCCCAACAUCUUCGAGACUCUUCUUAUCUCCACAAUCAUUCUAACUAUAUUUCUCAAUAGCCUUACACAGCUGUUGAUGACGGGGAGGGUUGACAAGCCGCUUCUAGGUCUCGGAGUCAGUUCUAUCAAGAAUUUAGACGAGUGGAAAAGUAUGAUUCCAUGGGAAGAAGAUUUUGGCGUUGUCCUUCUUAGAGUUGGGACAGCGAGUUUGGAAGCGACCGGCUUGAGAGGGUGGGGGAAUGAGGUUGGAGGUGUCGUGGCUUCUUCGCUGCCUGGUACUAGUGACGACGAAUCCAGGAAAUAUGGCCGUGUUCGCCUGACACGAAUGGGUGUCGUUGGGGUCACUCCCGGUAGUGUCUCACAAACUCAUGAUAAACUAGGACACGGUAAGAUACCAAACGGCAAAGGAAGAGGGAAACCAAAGUUUUUGAAAGGAUGGCAUAACGAAGUCCGAGACGUUGAUCUCGGUUCCCCUCCUUCCUCUUCAGGAUCCAGAAGACAAUGGGGGGUCAACGGCAUUCUAACGCUUAACGCGCAGUGGUUCAUUGAAUUAGGCAGGUUCGUGAGGAGUGUGUGGGGUUCGAUGUUGGGAGCGGUGAAUGCGGGAUUCACAAUUGGUUGGGAGAUGUUGAGAGGAAGAGGUUCCUACGGGAACGCCCGCCGAAGGGUACAAGAUAAAGCACAGGAUCGGCGUGAUACGGGACAUUCAGGGGAAGAGAACGAAGGCGAAUCUGAGUCGGAGGAUGAGGAUGAGGUCGAAAAAUUGUAUCGGAAAUUUGUUCGUGGAGAAUCAGUAUCCUUUGGCUCGGAUGAGGAGCAAGAUCAAGAUUAUAAUAUGUCUGAUACCGACCAAGCUGACGAGGAAGAAGAGUCCGAAUCUCAGGAGGAAUUUGAAGAAACAUCACAUCUCUAUGCGGAUUUAUCAAACCGGGAGUCCACCCCAGGUGCAAGUACUACCACCUCGACUAUGAUCGCACACAUGUCUUAUACAGGGUCGAGUCCACUCACAAGGAAAAAAUAUGCAUCAUUGCUCAAAGGUCCUCAUGGAAGCAAUGAGCCGAGUCCUUUCAAUGACGGAGGCAACGGAGGGGGACGCAGUGGUGAUGCGUUGGUCAAGGAUGACCUUCAAGGUAAUCGAAUCAGUGACAGUUCCGCUAGUGGUGUCGCGAGUGGCGAUUCCGGCGACACUAGAAGAAACUGCGUGAUAUGUACGAUUGAACCCAGAGUGAUCAUUUGCUGGCCCUGUCGGUGUCUCGCAAUGUGCGAUUCAUGCAGAGAAAGCCUCGCUGCCCGCUCUUCGGCAUCAAAGCAUAGAUGUCCAUGCUGCAGGAGAGGGGUUGAAGGAUAUUCAAGGAUUUUUAUCCCGUAAGAUGUAGUAUAAAGAUUUGGGUAUGUAAAGUGUGCUAGUGUAAGAUAUGUACAUCUGCAAUCUGCUGUAUUUAUGCAUGUCCUGGUUUAGGUGAAGGAACCAACCAUAGUUCAACAAAGAAUGCCUUGAACAUAACUCAAAGUUACGUCCCUAGUUAAAAGGAUGUAUUUUUGGUUGCCAACAUAAGGAGGGUCCACAAGUUACAACAGUAGGAGCCUCAGGGGAGUGAGGGGGAGUGGACGAGAAUAUGUCAGGUGACGUGACACCGCGUUAUAU